GCAUCCUGCCCUCAUUUCAACCUAUGCAUAGUGCUUACUCUGAAUGAGUAUUGGUACACGCAUAUUCAUUGGUUUCCACAGACACCCUCUCCUUUCGGCGAUUUCAAACAACCUCCAUCAACAUCACUUACAGUUACUCUUUUAUUCAAUGGAUAAACACGGCGAAAUGGAAAGUAAAAGUUAUGUGCAUUACAACCAUACUGAUCCCUGCGAAUACGUAAGAUGGACUACAAGGGAGAGCUUCCAAUUUAUGUAUGCAAGGCCUUGGCAACGAGUCAAUGAUUUUUAUUUGAAUAUUGUCCAUGGGAAAUUGUCUUUGCCUCUUCUGUUUGGAGCUGAGACACUUCUUGAUCAUAAUGAUACUGGAAUUCCAGCACUUUCUGAUAACACUGAGUUGGUAAGUGUUGCUUCUGAACAUCGCUGUGGGAGGUGGGCAAGAUCAACAUUCAAAAUAGUUAUUUCGUAUCACGGGAGUUCUUUUGAUGGGUGGCAAAAGCAGCCAGGCUUGAAUACUGUCCAAAGCAUAGUAGAAGGGUCACUUGGUAAAUUUGUUGAUGAAAAUAAAACUCAACUACUCAAGGAUAAAGGUUUGCCCAUCGAAGGUUGUGCUCUUGUUGCUGGUCGUACAGACAAAGGAGUGACAGCCCUUCAACAAGUCUGUUCUUUCUACACUUGGAAGAAGGAUGUUAAACCAAGUGAUAUUGAGGGUGCAAUCAAUCAUGCAGCACCAGGAAAAUUAAGGGUUAUAUCAGUUUCUGAGGUAUCACGUGUAUUUCAUCCUAAUUUCUCUGCCAAAUGGAGGCGUUACCUUUAUAUCUUCCCACUCACUGAUGAAGGGUAUAGGGACCAAAGCAGUGGCAAUGGGGAGUUUUGUGACAGUUUUAGAUAUAAUGAAAUUCGUGAUGCUGCCACCAAGGAUGAGCUAGAAAAUGAAAAGAAAUCAUAUGUGUUCAGUGUAAGCAAGGUAAACCAGCUUUUGCGAAAAUUAGAAGGAAAAUUGCUAUCCUACAAGAUGUUUGCCCGUGAUACAAAAGCUUCAAGAAAUGAUGGUCCACCAACUGAGUGUUUUGUUUACCAUGCUCGAGCUAUAGAAGCCAGAUUGCCUAUAACUGAUUAUGGAGAAGAAACAAAGGUUAUGUGCAUUGAGCUGGUAGCUAAUCGCUUUUUACGUAAGAUGGUUCGAGUGCUUGUGGCAACCUCAAUUAGAGAAGCUGCUGCUGGUGCUGAAGAUGAUGCCUUGCUAAAGCUCAUGGAUGCCACAUGUAGACGUGCCACUGCUCCUCCAGCACCCCCUGAUGGCCUGUGUCUAGUUGAUGUAGGAUAUGCAGAAUUUGACUCCGAAAAAUGCUUCAUCGUGAAAGAGUAAAACUUUGUUUAGAAGUCGUAGAAAUCUUGCAUCGUAUAGCGGUAAGCCCAUAUAUGUCUAGGUUCAUAACCAAAUGUAUCUAGAGUCAGUCACGCCUAUUUUGAUUCGGGGCUGCAUUUUUAUCCAAUAUUUUGCAAUUAGAUCUUCCAUAUUGUCAUUUCGUGAUUACGAGCAGCUCUAGCGAAAGAAGUCGCACUGGAUUAUUCAAAACUGGCAUUUUGGCUCUCCUUUGCUGAUCAUGUGGAUAGUCUUUUUUACUCUUAGCUUGCAGCUGAUAUUGUUUGUAGCCUUGUUUAUUUUGCUUUUCCAUGUGGAAAGAAAAGUUAAACCAUUC